UUCGCCUUAUCGCUCUCUAUAAACCACCCAAAGCUCGCUGAAGCAGAAAAAAACGCUUCUUGGAGCUCCUACUUCUCUCACUAAGCUUUAAUGGCUAAACCCAUGUCGAUCGAAGUAUGGAAUCCCAGCGGCAAAUACAGAGUUGUGAGCACCAAACCCAUGCCUGGAACCCGCUGGAUCCGUCUCUUGACCGACCAGGAUUGUCGCGUCGAGAUUUGCACCGAGAAGAAGACCAUAUUGUCUGUGGAGGAUAUCCUCGCUCUCAUCGGUGACAGAUGCGACGGAGUUAUCGGCCAGCUCACGGAAGAUUGGGGGGAAGUGCUAUUUUCUGCUCUGCGCAGAGCAGGUGGAACCGCUUUCAGUAACAUGGCCGUGGGCUACAACAACGUCGACGUGGAUGCGGCGAACAAGUACGGAGUUGCAGUAGGAAAUACACCGGGAGUUUUAACUGAGACGACAGCAGAAUUGGCCGCCUCACUUUCUCUGGCAGCAGCGCGGAGGAUUGUGGAAGCUGAUCAGUUCAUGAGAGCUGGAUUAUAUGAUGGGUGGCUUCCUCAUUUAUUUGUGGGGAAUUUGCUUAAAGGACAGACAGUUGGAGUAAUAGGAGCUGGUCGUAUUGGUUCAGCUUAUGCUAGGAUGAUGAUUGAGGGCUUCAAGAUGAACCUUAUAUACUAUGAUCUUUAUCAGGCUACAAGGCUUGAGAAUUUUGUUACAGCUUAUGGGCAUUUUCUGAAAGCCAAUGGAGAGCAGCCUGUUACUUGGAAAAGAGCUGCUACAAUGGAGGAUGUACUGAGAGAGGCUGAUGUGAUAAGUCUUCACCCAGUACUGGAUAAAACGACUUAUCAUCUGAUCAACAAAGAGACACUUUCAAUCAUGAAAAAGGAAGCCGUCCUUGUUAACGCGAGUAGAGGGCCGGUGAUUGAUGAAUCUGCACUGGUAGAACAUCUAAAAGCAAAUCCAAUGUUCCGUGUCGGCCUUGAUGUGUUUGAGGACGAACCUUUCAUGAAGCCAGGGCUUGCUGAGAUGAAAAAUGCUGUAGUUGUGCCUCACAUUGCAUCUGCUUCCAAGUGGACACGUGAAGGAAUGGCCUCUCUUGCUGCUCUAAAUGUUUUGGGAAAGAUCAAAGGAUAUCCAGUGUGGUCUGAUCCAAAUAGGAUUGAAGCUUUCUUAGAUGAAAACUCUCAGCCUCCACCUGCUAGUCCAAGCAUUGUCAAUGCAAAACAACUAGGGUUGUCUUCUUCGCUGUGAGGAAGCUUAAUGGUGGGUUGCAGAUAAAGGCCUUUAUUACAGUUUACAUUGCAUUGCGUUGCUGCUUUGUCCGAUAAGUUUAUGAUUCUCUGUAUGCUAAUCUGAAAUAUAUUUGGUCUUUAAUGAAUAAAAUCCCUCAUAUUGCCUUAUAGUUAGUGCAAAUGA